UCAUUGCAAGUAUACCAAUAGAACCAAUCGUUUUCAGCUCACUUAGUGUAUCAAUAACAUCUACAGCCAUUUUCAAAGAUAUUGUAACAUAACCCCGCGCCUGUACAUUUUCAUAUUUGUAAGCCAAAAUGGAGGUCGGAGCAGUGAAACAAGCAUUUAACAAUGAGGUAAUACAGCUGAAGAAAAACUUAAAUCAAGCCAAGAUACAUACGAUACACAAGCUCACGAGGAAGGCUAAAAAGGAGGUUAGGAAAGAGGCCCCUGAAAAGCUUAAAGAGAAGUUUAAAAGGCAAGCAGCAUCAGCUGUUAAUGAGGUUCUCAUCAUAAAGAAAAUCAAACCCAGAGACAUAGCCAGGUUUACGGUCACUCACACUGGAGAGUUACAACAACAUAUAAACAAGCCAGCGGUAGACCAAGACAAGGCAUGCGCCCGGCUGUUACUGCACAAAAGUUUGCAGCAGAAGUACAAGCAUAUUAGAAACACCUUUUCUUGCAUCCCUAUCAAGGAUCUACUGAUGUCUCGGCAGGAACGGUUGAAGUUGAAAAAAGAGGCGAAGCUGGAUAAGAAAAUGAAGAGAGAUAAGAAACAAAAAGUCGUUCAUGCGGAAGGAGAAUGGGAUGUUGAGGACAUAUUAUUAUUAUUAUACCCCAUCAUACUUCUCUCCAUAGCUCUCUGCGUAGUUCUUAUUUUCUCCUUCACUUUACCACUGACACUCGACUUCACUGUUAUAGCACCGGAACCGGAAAAAAAAGUUGAGGACAUAAACACCCGUAAAGUUAAAGAUGCCCCAAAGAGCACAUCUAAAAAGUUCAAAGAGAGUGACGAUGAAAUAUCUGAGAAUGAAGAAAUGGAAUUUGAUGAAAAUGCUAAUGAAGAAUCUGAUAAAGAAGUCCAAUCAGAUAAUGAAGAAGAUAUUUCACAUGGCGAGGAAGCCAAUUCAGAUGAUCAAGAGGAUGAAGAAGAUGGCAAUGAAGAAAAUCAGUCUGAUGAAAGUGAAGCAGAAAGUGAAACUAAAAUGGAAAGUGACCAGGAUUCAGAUGAUAAUGAACAAGAGAGUGAAAAGGAAGAAGUACUUGAAAAAAUUGUAAAACCUAGUCCAGUUAAAGUCAAUAUAAAAGAAAAUGAAAGUAUAAUGUCUGCCUUAACCUUUGAACAAUUAGGAAAGAAUAGAAGAAAACAAGAAAUCAAGAAACCGACAAAACCAAAAGAUAUGCAUAAAAAUAAAAAUUUAAAUGACAAGUUACAGUCAAGGAAGUUUAAGAAAGAGUCAACUGAGUCUCAAGUUAAAGAGACAAAGAUAGUUGAUCCAUUCUUUAUUACAUCUACAGGCGAAAACUACCUGUCGUUAGCGGAACCAAGACAGCCUGAUGAAGUCAAAGAAAUACAUAAACAGGGCAAUAGAAAAGAAAGAAGAGCGGCCAUGUUUGGACAUGUCCCUAAAGUCAAACCUAGACAAGAUUUCAGACAAAGUAAUUCGGAUAGACCAAAUAACUUUAGGAAUAAGUUUAAUAAAGAUGACAGUUAUGAUAAAGGAAAUGAUGGGAAGAAUAAAAAUGACUCACGAUUUAAUGGCAAAGAUCAAUUCAGAAAUCAAAAUGACAAGUCAUUUGGUAGAAAUAAUCAAUUUAAAGGACGAAAUGAUAGACCAGGCGAAGACAGGAAUGAUUUUAAGAGUAGAAAUGAUAAGUUCAAAGGCAGAAAUAAUGAUGCGGUAGAAACUAAAGUGGAGAAAUUGCAUCCAUCGUGGGAGGCAAAAAAGAAACAAUCAGGUAUUUUACCAUUCCAGGGUAAAAAGAUAGUGUUUGAUGAAGGUUAA